UGUUGCCCUCCCCCCAUUCCCGCACUCUCGCUCUCUCGUCCACGCGUUGCUUUGCCUUCUCCUUUUCUCGCGAUCUCGCGAGCUUGUGCUCUCUACCCUUGGACCUCGACCGCUAUCUCUGAACACGGUGGAGUCUGUUUCUUAGGACGACACAUCCCUCGCGACAAUGACCCCCGCCCCACCACGCUUCCUUGUUGAGCAUGUUGGCAACCUAGCUCGCGGUUUCUCGCGCCCCCAUGUCACCCUUACCUGGGCCCAAAGUUUGGACGCCAAGAUCGCUGGGCCCGGUGGAAAGCGCGUGAUGAUCAGUGGUCCAGAGAGCAUGCUCAUGACGCAUUGGUUGCGCACGAUGCACGACGGGAUCCUUGUUGGCGUGCAAACGAUCAUUAUGGACGACCCGCGGUUGAAGAUCCAACUCGUUCCACAGGAUGACCUCGACCUCCACUCGCCUGUGCCCAUCAUCCUGGACCCCAAGCUACGCACACCACCCACAGCCCGCAUUCUGUCUGAGUGGAGGGAACACGGCUCCAACCCCGAACUUACCGGUCCAAAGCAAGUGCGCCAGCCGUGGAUCUUGUGCGAGGCCAGCCCAGAUCCCGAGCGCGUCAAGGCACUGGAAGGCGCAGGCGCGCGAAUUCGGCAUGUCGAUCUGGACAAGAACGGCCAUAUUCCCCCCACCGAACUCCCCAACAUUCUGGAGAACAUCGGACUCGGGAGCGUUAUGAUCGAGGGUGGCUCACGCGUUCUGAGCAGUUUCCUACACGCUGGGCCACGCGCUGACGGGUCCGCUUUGGUUGACAGCAUCGUCGUGACCGUUGGUCCGAUGUUCAUUGGCGAGGGUAUUGGCAUUGUGCCGCCCGGUGAUGACAUUGGUCUCCCGGAGCUGACCUACGUCCACACAGAGACGAUGGGGAAGGACUCAGUCAUGGUAGCAACGUUGGCACAGAUUGCUGCAGGCGAGGAGUUAUAGCAGGUUACGGGUCUCCAAAAGCGAUGCAUACUAAUACAUGUGAAA